GGGUGGAGCUUGAGGCGAGCGUGCGGCGUCUGUCGGUUGCCUAGCGACGGCGUCCAUACUAGCCCUCUGUAAAUCAAGUCAGCUACUGUUCGCCGGCUACCUACAAGGCCGCCAUGGAGACUGAGAGGGGCUCCUUCAUCUCCCGGGACGUGGAGACCCCAAAGAAGGAGGUGCAGCUGCGGGUGACCCCUUCGGAGGUGAAGUUCCUGGACACGCUGGCCGGGAGGGUGUACCGCCUGCCGGUUACCGUACACAACCUCGGCCGUUGCAACCAGAAAAUCCGGUUUCAGGAACCACUCAAGCCACAGUUCAAACUGAUUUUGACCAAUCUGGAUAAAGCACUUGCUUCUGGACUUCAGAUGACAGCUAUGGUGGAAUACCAUCCGGAUAAGGAUGAAGACACUUAUGACCAACUACUUAUUUCAAUAGGAAAUAAAAUAAUAGAGAUCCCUCUACUUGGGUUGAUUCCAGCCUGUCAAUUGGAAAUUGAGUCAGAAGUUAAUUUUGGCACAUUGGUUGCCAAUAGCAAAGUAUAUUGUAAAGAGAUUAAUAUCAUUAAUCAUGGCAGAGCUCCAGGUACAUUUAAAACAGAAUACCAGGGCCAAUUGCCCAUUGUCAUUUUUCCAAGUAAUGGUGUUGUGGAGUCCAAGUCAUCAGUGAUUGUUAAAGUGGAUUUGUGUGCAGACCAGCCCAGAAUUGUAAAUGAAGUGGCAAAAGUAAGUUUGCAAGGUCGUCCAGAUAUGCUCCUGAGGGUCAAAGCUCAUGUGGUUGAACAGAUUAUUGAAUUGCUAAACAUGAGUGGUGACAAGAAGUUGGAAUGCAUACACUUUGGUUCUGUUUUCUUCGGAACUUCAAAAAUUGAACAUGCACUUCUGUACAAUAAUAACCCAGAACCCAUAAAUUGGGUGGCCAUAAUACAGGAUGAUUCAGUUGGAGAAGAACUGGGUACUAAUAUUCAACAAAGAACAGAUGUUGCUUUAAAUAAUCUCCCUUACUUAAGCCGAAUAAAGAACAUAGAUGUUACCACUUUUAUCUCCUGUAUUCCUAAUGAAGGGAGGUUGCUACCUUAUCAAAAGACCAUAAUUACAUUUUGUUUCAGCCCAAAGCUAAUUAUUGAUGGUAAAAAGAAUUGCGAUCCUUCACAUAGGCAAGACUAUGCUCUUUUUUUGAGAUUUGAGUCUGUGGGAAGUAAAGAUGGAUUUCUGAGAGAUGAUAACAAUAAAACCAUCAAAAGUGAUCGAUUUCGGAAAGUGGAAUUAGCACUGACGGGCUCAGGACUUCCUGUCGUUCUACACUUUGAUCCUGGAAAUUUCCUUAAUUUUGCACCUUGUUUUAUGGGUGAACAUUCAGAGACGGUGUGUAUUAUGCAAAAUCGAUCCAAGUCACUUUCCGUGACGUACCGCUUUAAAAAAACUGCACAUUUUAAAAUUGAUCCUGAAAGGGGCAAGAUUGAUGAAGGAUGUAUCCAGAAUGUGAUAUGUUCAUUCAUUCCACAUCAAGUAGGAGUCUUUAAAGUGAAGCAAUUGAUAGAGAUUAUUGGCUCAGUGGCAGAUGAAAAUUUUCAGUCUACAUCUCUGAAACCUUUUCAUCAAAUAUAUUUAUAUUUCAAGAGUGUCUGCAAACCUUCCACCAAGAAAGUUGUGAUGAAAGUUAAUCCUGGUAUAUCCCCUUUGGUCAGUAAUCCAACGGGAAAGUUUGUGGUCAGAGACUUGCCAAAAUACAAGGACUGUGCACCUGUUGCAAUGCUUCAAUCAACCAUGACACACCUUCACAAUCAUCACCUAAGUAAAGAGUCACCGAAGGAUGCACUGAUAGCUUUUCCCAAUGAUCGAGCUGCAAGUAUCAGGUCUGGAGACCAGCAUAAACAUUUCAGGACGAUUUUCACAAAGAUUCCAAGAUAUAACUAUGUGGAUCCUGAUUUUGCGUACACUAAAUUGGAAAGAAUUGGAAAGCAAGAACAUGAAAACUAUUAUGAAAGAUAUAUUAAACAUUUAAGAAAUGUGCGCAUGCAGAAACAGGCAGAGAGGGAAUGUAUGGAUUCAUAUAACAAUACAGACAUAGGAUUACAGCCAGCAUCAGGUCUAAAGUCACCUUCGCUUUCAGAAACGGAAAUAGAAGAGGAAUCAUCUGCAGCACAGCGUCGGAUCAGACGUAACCAGUUGCUAAAUACUAGGAAUAUAGCAUCCAAGGAGACAAAGGCUCUGAAAACAAAGGUUCUCAAAGGACUUAAAUCAGACCCAUCCACACCCCAUGAAAAACAUGACUGCAGCUUAAUUUUGACACCAAAGCAAAUUCAUCAAGUAAUUGUUGGGCCCUCUGUCCUUAAUUUUGGUGAUAUUUGCGUGAACUCCACAAAUACUCGUCUACUGCAUGUUGUUAAUAUGCUACCUAUGCAUAUUUUGAUCCAGCUAGAUAUUAAUUUGAAAGAACUUCAGAAAACCAACCAGUUUUCAUAUGUGAUUCCACCUACAGCUAGUACUUAUAUUUCAAUGGUAUUUGAAUCUCCCACCAUUGGAAAAUUUUGGAAGUCAUUCACCUUUACAGUGAACAAUAUACCUGGUGGGCGUAUCCUAGUGAUGGCCGUUGUCAUGCCAGUAGAACUGGAGCUAUCUUCUAAAGAGCUAGUUUUGAGACCACAUGGCUUCUCGAUGAAAACAUGUUUUAUGGGGACAGUUGCUUUGUAUAACCAUCAGAAUUAUUUUGCCAAAUUUGAAUGGCAACCAGUAAACACAGAAAGAGGAAUGGCAUUUUCCAUUCGUCCAGCUAAAGGCACUGUUGAACCAUAUUCCUCCUUGCAAUGUGAAGUAACUUGGCAGCCAGGUUUCAGUUCUCCGGAAAGGGGAGAAUUUGUUCUUCACGUCAAUGAAGGAAACACAAUGACCCUAAAAUGUGUUGCACAAGUUGGCCACACCAAGGUCGUAUUUUUGGAGCCAAGGAUCCUCUUCAGUAAUAGCCCUCAAGGUUUAACAACUUGGAGGAAAGCGAUUCUACACAAUGUAGGACAAAACCAUGCUUAUUUCAAGGUUUGUGACCAGAGUCUUUUGUCUACCAUUAAUAUUGUUCCAUCACAAGGAAUAAUUCCAUUUGGGGAACUAACUGUUCUCAAUAUCUCCUGUACACCAACUGUAGCAGAAAAAUUUGAUACAAGAGCAAAGGUUGCUAUUCGCCGUGCAAAUGUCAUAGACCUUAGGAUUGGUGGAUCUGUUGAGAUUGCUGAUGUGGAAAUUAACCCGGGCGUAUUUAACUUCAGUGGUACCUAUGUUGGCGCUACUCAGAUUAUUCCAUUUAUAAUAAAAAACAAAGGUAUAACACGUGCCAGAGUGGAAUUUAAUCUACAAGACUUUGAAUAUUUUUCUCUGGAGUUCCAACGUAAAUUAGGGCAUUUCACAGACCCUGCAUUUCCUGACAUAUAUUCUCUGGAGGUAGAGGAAGGGACAUCUCUGGAAUGUGGCAUAGCAUUUUCUCCCAAAGAAGUGGCAACGUAUGACUUUUGCAUUCAAGUUCAGAUUAAUUUCUUUGAGGCUUCAGAACUUUACACUAAAUGUUGUUUGUCAAAAUCUCCUAUGAUUCCAAAGACAACACCACUUAUUCGACCAUGCUAUGUUCAAGCUACUGUAUUGCAAGCACCAUUGACAUUAUCCAGCACUGAUUUUUCAUUUGAAAUCCCAUUUUAUACUAUGGAUCCUAAUAACAAAGUCACAAAAACUCAGGAUCUUGUCUUACAUAAUACUUCAAAACAAGAUGUGAAAUGGACUUUGGAUAUUAGUAAUACUGGCAAACUUUUCAAAGAUGGCACAUUCAAGAUUAGUGUGCUGAGUGGGAUUCUGCAACCACAAAAUGAAAUUAAUGUUUCCAUAAGUUUCUGUCCAAGUCAUCCUACAAAAUACACAGCCGAUAUUCCCAUUCAUCUAAAUGAUAAUCCAAUUUGCUAUCGAAAGUUAUGUUUGGUUGGAGAGGUAAAAUCACCCAAGUUAUCGUUUGACCCUCCAUUCAUAUUUUUCGCUCCUGUUCCUCUGGACGUAACAACUAAGAUGAAUGUCAACAUUUUACCUCAAAACUAUUUCAGAGAUUCCACUUUAGAUGUCCAGAUUCCCACAGUGAGCCUUCUUGAUGGUGAUGAGGCUCAACCUCUUUCUGUAACGUUUCCAAAAGGCUGUGUCAUCACAGGGUCUUCCAGUGGAAUAAAUGCUCAGCUCACCUGCCACCUCAGCUUUAAAUCAUCUAAACCUGUGUCAUUUUUCACCGAUAUUCUUUUCUGUGAUAACAGAGAUAACUGGUUUUUGCUUCCAGUUACUGGAACAGCAGAAAACUGUCUUCUUACUAUUUACCCGUAUAUGGCAACUCAUCUUGAUAAACAAACAAUUAUUUUAAAGGAAGAUAAGAGUGACAUUUCUGUGAAGAGUGGAGAAAAUGUGUUGCUUCCCUACCAAGAAGCUGGUUUACUCUCUUCUACUUUCACUAAAUGUAAUGAUGCUGAGCCUGCAAAGAAAAAAUUAUCUGUUGGAAUCGAAAUAAUACCUGAAAGAUUGAACUCGGGCAAAAGUAAAACCUCAAAGGAAGACAAAGAUAAAUCUAUGAAAAAGGAGGAGAAAAAUGAGCACUUCUCUUCUCUUGAAGAAGGAACAAAGGCAUAUGACUUCUUUGAAAAGGUUGUACACGCUGCUCAGACCUGGUUCAGUCUCUUUGGCUGGCCUGAAGGACCCCAUUCUCUUUCUAUUCCAGAAACUAUAAGAAGGGAGGUGUAUAAAAUGCAAUUUUACUCAUCAGCCUCGCCAUCCCAAAAAUUUUCCAGACUGAAUGACUUUUCCAAAUAUAGUAAGACCAUUUACGAUGUGAUACUACACUUGAGUGGAAAACUGCCACCUGGAAUUCAUUCAAGUCAGUCUUUACCUGUGGAUUAUACUGAAAGGGUGAUUCAACUUCAUUUUCAACAUUCUUCACUUCUUGACUUUCUCAACGCUCAAGGAGCAUGUAUUUCUCAUGUGUUGCCAGAAUUUCUGCUUGAACCAGAAGAUUAUAAAAAGUGGCUUGAAAUUACAGAAAAACCUUCUAUUGUUAUAGAGAUGACUCGGUUUGAAGCCUGGAGUAAAGGGGCAUGGACAGAUGUAUUCCUUCAGAUAUACAAGGUUCUGGUACUAUCCCGGGUUGUACCACACUGCAGCAGUAAUCUGCCCCCCAUUCAUGUGCAAAAUUCACCAAAGGUCAAUCCUUGUUUUGUAUCCAGCAACAUAUAUUCGAGUUCUGAAAGGAUUCUGCUUAAUUGGAUGAACACAAAUUAUGAGAAUGCCCGACAUAUUAUAUGGAAGAACUGUCCCAAUGGUGGAGUUAUUCCCUCUGAGAGAUGGAUAGUAAAUUUUGACCAGGACCUUUUAGAUGGCCUUGUUUUUGCAACACAAUUGGGAGCCUAUUGUCCAUUUUUGAUUGAGUCACAUCUUAUAAAUAUGUAUACACAACCAAAAAAUUCUGAACAGUAUCUGCACAACUGCCUGAUCAUUGUGAAUGUACUUCGUGAAAUUGGCUUUGACACUGACAUACAGGCCACUGACAUCUGUGAUCCUAACCCAAUCCUGAUGCUCAUGCUUUGUGUCUACAUGUAUGAAAGGCUCCCUACGUAUCUCCCCAAGAAGGUGGUGCCCUUUUAUUGUACUCUACAUGACACUGUGCUAAGACAGAUUUUACUGAAAAAUUCAAGCUUGAAAAACUUGGUGUAUAAUGCUACAAUUGUUGGGAAAGAUGCUGCUGACUUCUCCCUUUCCCAAACUGGGAACAUUGUGAGAAUAUCUUCAAAAAAUGAAAUCAGUAUCACUGUGAAAUUCACCGGUCGCUUCCUUCAUCCUGCUGAAGCUUCACUGUUAUUGAUUUCAAAACCUAAGCAUGGGAUAGGAGGCACUACAAUGACUUUUGCUCUUAAGGGUGAAGUCCUCAACUUUAAGGCCAUUGAAGUUAUAAAUUGUAAAUCCCCAUGUUACACAUGGAAAGAAAUCACUGUAAAGGUUAAAAAUCCCUUCCAUUCUGCUGGGGACUUCAGUGUCACAUUGGUAGAAUCCUCAACAUUUAUCUCUUUGCCAUCUCAAUUAACUGAAUCUGGACAACUCAUUAAACACAAGAACAGUGGGGAUGCUGGGAGUAGCCCUGAAAGUGGUGAUGUUGAGAGUUGUUGGCAUUUCUCAAACGCCUUAAAAACCUCAAUUAAGUCCACUUUCAUCAGAGAGUUCUUCUGCUCCACUCAUACUCUUCACCUGGGAGUGAAGGGGACUUCAAGCCUGGAGCUCCUGUUUCUUCCCUUUGACAUGCACACGCGCUACUGUGUCAUCAUCCUCAGAAACAAAGCGAUUGGAGAAUUAAUUUAUGUUGUGGAAGGAAAAGGUACGGUCCCAUUGCCUUCCAACUUCCACCCAACGGAUUCCUCAACUCCACUUGACUACAGCAGUUCUCCAGAGGAAGUGUUAAGUAAGGACAAUCCUGUUCUGUAUUUGAAAUGUGAGCUCCGUCAGGUCUUGGAUGUGGACCUUAAGUUGCCACUGACUAAUGAAGCCAAGGAGAAGGCCUUGGCUUUUGCAGCACAGCAGCAGAUGUCGGAUAUAGAGUAUGAGCGACGGUUGAUCACAGGCACUCUGGAGAGCAGUAGUGUUCGCGUGGCCAUCGCCCUCCUGGGGCUGACGAAGAUUGAGACUUGUGCUCUCUUUACUACCUCAAAGUUGAAGAAGCCUAAGUCCAUUUCAUACACAGCAGAACUGAGCCUUCCAGAAUAUUUUGAUAUCCCCAAGAAAAUCUACAUUCCUCAGAUUCCAGAAACUCAAACUAAAUUGACUCAGCCUCAAGGAAUUCAACCUGCAAAUAAAACAGUUGCAGAUGGAUCCGUUCUAGUUCCUUUACGAUUUGUUCCUCUCAGUGCUGGACGCUACCCUUGUAAAAUUUUGUUGACAUCACGGUAUGAUGUGCGUGUCUAUUGCAUUGAAGGUAUAGUAAAUGCAGAAGAACCAGAGGCCAGGUUUGAAUUUGAAACACCAGCAUUUGAAGCCCUUACCCAGAAUAUUCCAGUGAAUAACAAAACAAAGAAUGAAUGGAAAUGUCAAGUUACUAUAGAAGGAGAAUGGUUUUAUGGACCUUCUGUUUUAUAUGUUGGAGCAGAUGAAACUGUGCAGUAUCCUCUCACAUUCAGACCUAUUUUGGAAUGUGAGAUUAUGGGCAGACUUAUUGUGCAAAAUGAAGCAGAUGGUAUGGAGUAUGUCUUUGACAUAAAAGGGAUUGGAAAAAGACCCCUGGCCUUGGAACACAUCAUUAUAAACUGUCAAGUAGGAGAAAUGACAAAUAAACCCAUAAUGGUGCCCAAUCAUACAAAGACCAUCCAAACAUUUAAGGUAUCUUCAGAUCUUCCAAUGGUGUGGGGAAAUCCAGUCAUCACCAUAGACCCUGAUAGCACAAUUCCAUAUAUUCUACACGUUAUGCCUUGGAAACGUGGUAUAUUCAAAGGUGCAAUCUCAUUUUCUGUUAAAAGAAGACAUGAGGAUGAAUCUCAGGAAGAACCAGAUCAAGAUGACAAUCAAGAACUCUCCUUUUUGAAAUGGUUAGCAGAACCAUCCCCCCAAUAUGAUGAGGAAGAGCCAGGUGCAAUCUCACUUUCUGUUAAAAGAAGUCAAGAGGAUGAAUCUCAGGAAGAACCAGAUCAACAUGACAUUCGGGUACCCUCCUUUCAGAAAUCAGUAUCAGAACUAUCCCCCCAAAUUGAUGAGGAAGACCAAGAUGAUGGUGCUAGCAAUAUCCGAGUCUGGUACAGUCUUGAGAUCCAUAGCUCUCCGGGACCACCAGUAGACAUUAUUGAAAUGAAGUGCUCUGCUCUGGAGAGCAUUUGCAUUGAAAUACCUCUCUCUAAUCCAAAAAAGAGAAUUAUUCACUUAGAUGUGCAGUUAUCAAAUGCUGCUCUUAAUGGACUCAAGAAACUUCAGCUGUAUCCACUAGAAUGUACUAAGUAUGUGGCACGGUAUUCGCCAGCAACUCCGGGCUGUAGAGAUGAAAGCAUUGUUUUUCAACCUAAUGUGGCUCUGGAGUUUUGGUAUUUACUGAGAUUAACUACUGAAUUACCAAAACCAACCACAAUACCAGAAGUACAAUGUGACCUUGGCAAGUGCAUGGCUCAGAUGAUUUCUUUAGUAAAUCCCACACACGAAACCUUAGAAUUGCAAGCAACAAACAGUAAUCCUGAAAAUUUUGUCUUGGAUGUUCACGGAUCGGUGCUGACCAUACCUCCUCACUCCACCAAAGAGGUAUCUGCUCAUUUCUGUCCUUCUGCUCUUGGAAGAACUGGUCAUCAGGCUUCUAUCAUCUUCCACUGUGCUCAGUUUACAGAAUGGAGAUUCUUCCUCUCUGGAAUAGGACUAUUCCCCCAGCCUAUAGACAUAAAAAGAAUGACCGCAUACCUCAGUCUUCAAUCAUCUGUUGUUAUAACUUUCCAAAAUCCCACCAAGGAAGAUGUUCUAAUCGAUAUCAUACUAACAAGUCGGGAAAAGCCAAGGCAUCUCAUCCUUGACCAUCACUGGGAUAAGUUCUUCAGGCAGACUUCUGCUUUCAGUUUUAGUGGCUUGAGUCACACAAAAGGAAUCACAUUGCCUCCUAAAGAGAAUAUAGAUAUCCCAGUGUUAUUUAUGCCCAACACUAUGAAAUUACACAGAACAAUGGUCAUUGUUCAAAUGAUGAGGGCAAAUAGAGAAAGUUGGCCUAUUGACAAUUUUGAAGAAUUAGACACAGAAAUGAAAAGAACAAUGGGAACAGCAAGUGGAGAAAUCCCAGAAAUACACUGGAUAUACCCUAUUCUUGGACUCCCACAGGCACUAUAUCCUAAAUGCCCUCCAGUUGUUAUAAAAUGUCAGUCCAGGAAGCGGGUAGAAGAGGAAGUGGAAGUCACGCUGACUGGUGAUUUUUUUGGAGAAAAUCCUAUCUUAGAUUCAACAGAUUUUGUAGUGAUUCCAAAAAGAAAUUCAUGUAAAUUUGACGAAGAUGUGGAUGAUAUGUCUAUAAAACGUGAAUUUGAAUAUGAAAUUCAAUUUGAAUCUGACGUUGUGAAGUCUAACUUGGAAUCCUGCAUGGCUUUGUAUUUGAUCAAAAAAUCUUUUAAUGUUAUGGCUAAAGUGAUAACAUUGGUCUUCAAUUUGAUAUUUGCACCAAAGAAACCAUUGAGGACUCAAAUUACUCUGAAAAUAGAGUGCAUAACAGAUGGGAUCUGGAAGUUUCCCAUAACAUUGGUUGGUACUGAGCCUGAUGUGGAUGAUGUCAUUGAUAUUGAAGGGGUUGGUUUAUUUAAGGAAUCUAUUGUCGACUUCAGGCUGACAAGUCAGACGAGAAAUCCUGAGCCAUUCACUGCAUACUUCCUACCUGGCAGUGAUCCUGAGUUUUUUGUAAAACCUAAGGUUGGAAAACUUCUUCCUUUUGACACUGAAGGAACUCUCAUCGUUGUGGGUUUUAAACCCCGAAUGUACAGUAGGAAGUACAAAGCAACAUUAGCAAUACAGACACCGGACAUGUACUGGUUGUAUGGUAUCAAUGGGUUACCUCAAGUUACCAAGCCACCGAUGAAUGUCAAAGCCAAAGUUGACACUACUAACAAGAUGUUUGAUAGAAGGCCAGUUGGUCAGCACAAUUUUAUCCGUGAAAAUGCUAAACUCAUAAGGACAGGGGUGUCCUCUACCAUCAAGGGUGCGCCUUUGAUGUUGAAGAAUAAAUAAAUACUUUUUCCCAAAAUAUUUCUUGAGCUUCAGUAGAAUUGAACAUAUUUUCAUGAUUGUUCUUUCGUCUUCUGGAAUAUUUCUAAGGAGUAACAUUUCAGUUAUAAUAGGCUUUCUCUACUUUUUAAACUGACUAAAUCUAUUCUCUGAAUGUGUUAUACCUGAUUUCUGUUAUGUGUAUCUUUGAAAAUAGACUGGUUGCAAAUUAUUGGGAUUGGUUCCCUUUUAAGUUACAGAGUACAUUUGUAGCAAAACAAAAAUGAUUUCAGCUUAGAAAUCCAUGCACAUAAGUAUAUGUAGUCCGUAUGCUUCUACAGUGAGUCUUUAAACAAUAUAGAUAUAUUUCAAAAUGAUCCUGGAGAAAAUUCAUUUUCUCAAAGUAAAAGAGAGCAUUUUGCUCGAUAGUUGUCAGUCAGAAAAAUAUAAUAAUAAAUAGCAAAUACGGACCAUCUUUAAGACACUUUGGCACAAAAUGACUGGCUCUGCCAUGAGUUAGUCAUUCAUAUGAUUUUAAGCAAAUCGCUUCCCCUUUUUGUGCCCUAUUUUCUUACGUGCAAAACAAAAGAAUUAUACCAGGACAAGAAUUUGCAAACCAUAGAUCUAGUCUUCCACUUCUUUUUAUACCCCUACUAACAAAUAAGAGACUUUUGCAUUUUUUAAUGGUUGAAAAAAUUAAUAGAAGAAUAUUAAGUAACACAAGAAAACUGCAUAAAAUUCACAUUUUAUUGUCUAUAAAUAAAGUUUUACGGAAACAUA